AUGAAUAACUAUAAUAAAAUGGAUAACCAAGCACCUUUAAGAACAUGUGAGAAGUGUAUGUGUAAAAUUACAUACAAGAACUAUGCCAGACAUUUAAAAACAAAGAAACACAAUGAAGUCAAGAUUAAUGUGAAAGAAUUAAAGACGGAAUUGAAGUGGUAUGGAAUGAAAAAUGUUGAUAAAAUGAAAAAAUCAGAUUUGUUAGUGAACAAAGAUAAAAUCAAGGCUAUUAAUAUUGAUAGAGAAAAAUUGUUGAAAUUAUCAAAAAAGAAAUUGAUUGAGUUUAUUCAGGAUAACAAUUUCAAUAUUAAUAAACAGUUGAGAAAAGAUCAAAUAGUAGAAAGGUUACUCGAUUUUCACUCAAAUAAAACAUUACCUCUGCCCAAAUGGGAAUUUGUGGAUGAAAAUUUUAAAUCAAGACAUGCUCAAUUUGAUAUGAAAAAUAACUGGGAUAUUAAAGAUAUGUCAAAGUUUUUACAUUUUAUGAAAAAACAUGUUAGUUCUUUACUUCAAGAAUGGAUGAAAAAGCAUAGUGGUAUUAAAGUGAAUUUUUGUGUUUCUGCAACUUAUGUAGACACUCGAGAUGAAACAAAAAUUGCAUACAAACAUUUGCAAACUAAGAAUGAUAGAAUUACUAAUAGAAGUGAAUUAACAAAUGGAAUUUCAACUUUAAUGAAGAGUGUACUUGAUAGACAUGAAAAUAUCAUUGAUGAAUUAACAGGUAGUCCAUGGCGAAUAAUAUCAAUCAAUAGUUUUAGAGUAAAUAUAAACAAAUAUGACCCGCUUAGAGCAAGUUCCUAUAUUGAUCUUCCAAAAAUUUUAAAAGAUAAGAAAGCAAUUAUAAAUGUUAAAAAUACUGAUAAUAAAUGCUUUUUAUGGUCACUUUUAGCAUGUUUAUAUCCUGCAAAAGAUAAUCCACAAGAAAUAAUAAAGUACAAAGCAUAUGAGAAAACUUUUGAUAAAGCUUUGAAAGAUAUUGAAUUUCCGAUGAAAAUUAAAGACAUAGAGAAAUUUGAAAAUAAAGUGAAUGAAUUGAAAUUGGUAGAAGGUGGAUUAUCUAUUAAUGUUUAUCAUCAUGAUGAUCGAAAACUUGAAAAAACUAAAGUAGAGGAAGAUGCUAAAACACAAAAAAUUCAAGAGCACGUACCAAUUAGUUGUGUUUAUUACAUUUUAUAUGAGAAUGGAGAAAUAUCAGAGAACAUGUUUGAAUAUUUUGGAAGUAAUACCCCUCAAGUAUUGUGUGAAAAAUUAUCAGAAGAUGCAUAUCAUGAUGAUCAAACACUGACUGAUAGACUAGAGAAAUUAGAAUUAGAUUUGAAAGAGAAAUUAGAUGAUGAAGAAAAAAAUAAAAAGAAAGUUCAGGAUCAUGACCAUAUAACAGGUGAAUAUAGAGGUGCAGCUCAUAGUCUUUGCAACUUGAAUUACAAUGUACCUAGUUUCAUACCCGUCUUGUUUCACAACUUUUCUGGUUAUGAUUCCCACUUAUUAGUCAAAGAAUUUGCUGGAACUACAGAUAAUUUAAAACUAAUUCCAAAUAAUGAGGAAUCUUACAUCAGCUUCUCAAAAGUUGUAAAGUUUCAACACUAUUCAGGAAAAGAGGGUAAAAUAGAACUUAGAUUUUUAGAUUCAUACAAAUUUCUAUCUGAACCACUUUCUAAAUUGGCUAAAAACUUGGAAAUGUGUCAUUUCAAAAAUUUAAAGAAAUGGUUUGAUAAUACAGUACCACCUGGAAAUGAUUCAUUGUUCAAUUUGUUGACUGAAAAAUUGGCUUACCCUUACGAUUAUAUGGACUCAUUAGAAAAAUAUGAUGAGGAAGAGUUACCAUCUAGGGGAAAUUUCUACAACUCCUUGAAUGAUGAACAUGUAGAUGAACAGGAAUUUUUACGUGCUCAAAAAAUUUGGGAACAUUUCAACAUUAAAAAUCUAAAAGAGUUUACAAUGUUGUACAAUAAAAUUGAUGUACUCUUGCUAGCAGAUGUGAUUGAAAAUUUCAGAAAAACUGCACUUGAAAUUUACAAGUUAGAUCCACUUUGGUAUUAUACUACCCCCGGAUUUGCUUGGGAUUGCAUGUUGAAAACAACAAAACAAAAAUUGGAAUUGAUAACUGAUGUAGACAUGUUGUACAUGUUUGAAAAUGCCAAGCGUGGUGGAAUUUCCCAAUGUUCAAAUAGAUAUGAAAAAGCCAAUCAUAAGUACAUGGGUGAAAAAUUUGAUAAAAAUAAAGAAUCAACAUUCAUUCAGUAUUUGGAUGCAAAUAAUUUAUAUGGAUGGGCUAUGAGUAAACAUUUACCAUAUGGAGGGUUUUGGUGGGCAAAUCCAAACGAUUUUACUUACAGUAGAAUUUUGAAAAUGAGAGAUAACCAAAGCAAAGGAUAUCUGUUUGAAGUUGAUUUAAGCUAUCCAGAAACAUUACAUGAUUAUCAUUCUGAUCUACCUUAUUGUGCAGAAAAUAUUAUUGAUGAAAAUAGACUUCCUAAAUUAUUCACAACAUUAUAUGAUAAGAAGAAAUAUGUUUUACAUUAUUUGAAUCUUAGACAGGCUCUUGAAGCAGGUUUGAAAUUGGAAAAAAUUCACAGAGUUAUUCAAUUCAACCAAUCAGAUUGGAUGAAAGUAUAUAUUGAUAAAAAUACAAAGCAUAGACAAAAUGCAAAAAAUGAAUUUGAAAAAGACUUUUUUAAAUUGAUGAAUAACUCGGUGUUUGGUAGAACAAUGAUGAAUGUGCGAAAUCAUGUGGAUAUAAAAUUGAUUAGUGAAGGUAAAAAAUAUACAAAGUUGAAGAGAGAAUAUAAAAAUGAUGUUAAACUUUUGUAUACUGAUACAGACUCAUUAAUUUUGUCAAUAAAAACGCCAGACUUUUACAGUGAUAUGAAAGGAAUGAUUGAUGAAUUUGACACAUCAGACUAUCCUGAGAAUAAUAUAUAUGGUAUUCCUCAAGUUAAUAAAAAAGUUAUUGGUAAAUUCAAAGAUGAAAUGAAAGGAAAAAGUAUUGAAGAAUUCAUAGGGUUAGCUUCUAAAUUGUACUCCAUCAAAGUAUUUGAAGAAGAUGAAAAGAAAAGAGCAAAAGGAGUGAAGAAACAUAAUUGGAUGAAUUUAUAA